CCCCCCUUUUUCUCUUUUCUUUUUCUUUUUCUUUUACUUCUUGAAAAUAUGGCUUCAAAACUAAAUGAUGAUUGUUUAUCUUAUAUUUUUAAAUAUUUAGAAGAAGAUUCUUUUUCCUUAUUUGCCUGUAUUCUUGUAGAUAAACAAUGGUGUCGAACUGCUGUCCCGAUUUUAUGGAGUAAUCCUUGGAAUGAUAAUAAAAGAUAUUAUGGCAGAGCGAUCAGAUUAAUUGAUACGUAUGUUUCAACUUUAUCGGAAGAAACGAAACAAGAUUUAAUUAAUGAAAUUAUCGUUAAACCUAAUAUUAUGAUGACUAGUGCAACUUUUGAAUAUGAAAAAUUUAUGAAAAACUUGAAUAUUUUUGAACUAGAAUAUCGUAUUAGAAAAUGGGUAUCUUCUCAACCUGUUAGAUUUGAUUUUACGAAUACAAAUCAACGUAAAAUGAAAGGAGGAAAGAAUAAUAGAAAUGGCAUACUUCAACCAGAUUAUGAUCGUGAUACUAGAAUCUUAAUGUCAGAACUUUUAUAUUUAUUCCUGGUAAAUUCUUCAAAGAUCGAUACUCUUUGUGUUUCAGAUUUUGAUAAGAAUUUUUCAUUUAUUUUGAAGAUUGCUGAUGAGGAACCGGAAGCAAGAAAAUGUUUACAAAAUUUACAACAUUUGAGGAUAAGCACACAUCAACCAAUAUCAACAUGUUUAAUGAAAUUAUCAGAUAUUUCUCGUAAUAUUGAAUAUUUGGAAAUUGAGAAUUGUAAUAUUAAUUCAUUCGAAUUAAAAAGAUUGAUUAAUGUACAAAAUAAUUUGAAAAAUUUAACGGUAGAAUUUGUUGUGAAUCAACCUUAUCAAAUUCAUAAUGUUAACAAUGUUUUAAGUGAAUUAUCAUCAAAGGCUAAAUCGAUCACUAGGAUUAAAAUCAAGGAUGCUGCUGAUAUAUUUAUAAUUUUUAACAGUUUUGUGAAUUUAAUUGAAUUAAUUAUUAAUAAUACGGAUAAGUGUGAUUUAAAAAAAUGGGAACAUUUAUCAAAAGUAGAAUCAUUGAAAAAAUUAAAGAAAUUAGUUAUUAAUAAUAAAAAGGGACCGAUUUAUUUUAAUAUUAUAGCGGAAUUUAUUGAAAGAUCUUCUUGUGAUCUGGAUCAAAUAGUUAUUUCAACAACAAAACCUCAAGAUCCUACUUAUAUAGGUAAAUUAAUUAAUUCUAUUAGUAGGACUUGUCCGAAUCUUACGGUAUUUGAGGGGUUGAUAGGUAAUAAUCAUAUAAAUGAAUUUUCUCAAUUAUUACAAACUUGUAAUAAUUUAAAAUACUUACACAUUUAUCCGGUAAAAACUUCUUGGGAGAAUGAGGUUUAUAAAUUUGAUGAUAUUUUACAACAAAUGAUACAAUAUUUACCAUUUAAUUUAAAUAAGUUAUUUUUGGAGGAUGGUUGGUUAAUUUCUGAUGUUAACUUGUUUAAAAAAUUUUUGGAAGGAAGGAAAUUAUUGGAAUUAUCAUUGAUCUCUUUUCACGCUUAUCGUUCUAUUACUUACAAUUAUCAAGAAUUGGAGGAUAUAUGUGAAAAUUAUAAGGAGAAUGAUUAUUUGUUAGAUUAUCACUUUUAUUCUAAAUAACAAUUAUACUAUAUACUAUACAAAAAACUUAUAUAUAUAUAUAUAUAUCACAUUGCAUAUUUCGAUGUUAUUAUGUAAAUAAAAAAAAACACCCAUCACGGCGCAAAUAACGAGAUUAGACCUUGUAUUUGUUUUUUAAAAUUUGAUUACAAUAUGAUCGGUU